UCCCUCAGAUAGUGCGAGGACGCGACGGGACAACACUUUUCCAUGAGAAGACGUUAACUUACUAUUACGGAUCGCAUUUGGUUUGUUUAAAGUGGGAAGCUUGAGGAAACAGAGGAGCUGUUGCCAUGGCAGCUGUGGCUGUGCUGAGGAACAACACACUACAGGCAUUUCUUCAGGAUCGCACUCCAAACUCCUCACCAGAAAACAACAAACAUUCUCCAUUGGCACUUUUAGCGGCGACGUGUAACCGGAUCGGCCAUCAUCACAGAUCCACUCCCACAGACUUUAUUCAAGUUUCCUACGACACGACCCUCGGCUCGCCCUCGCGGAUUUUCCACCCGUGGAGUAACGAGGCAAAUCCCCAGUCCACACUUUCCAGCAAUUCCUCCUUCGGACUGUCCACGAAAUCUCACCUGCAAGGCUCCUUCACCUCCCACCAUGAGCUCCCACUAACCCCUCCGGCUGACCCCACAUAUCCUUAUGAUUUCUCUCCUGUCAAGAUGUUGCCAUGCUCCAUGCAAUCAUUACAAUCAACUUGCCCACCCACGUACGUUCCCGCUGUUACCUAUGCGGCACCAGCCCCUAUCCCACCUGCUAUGCCUAGUUUUGUGACGGGACAUUCGGGCCUGGUCCAUCAGCAGCAGAGACAGCUGUCUCCAAACCCGGGGGAGGAUAUACCGUGGUGGAGCCUUCAACAGGGCAACCACGUCACCCAUCCAUCAACACUCGCCCCCCAUCGCUUCCCCAUCCAAAGGGGUUUGGUCUUAGGACACACAGACUUUGCGCAGUAUCAGACACAAAUCGCGGCCCUUCUCCACACCAAAUCCCCUCUAGCCACUGCCCGUCGCUGCCGGAGAUGCCGGUGUCCCAACUGUCAAUCAUCGAGCUCCAGCGACGAGCCCGGUAAAAAGAAACAGCACAUCUGUCACAUCCCUGGAUGCGGGAAAGUUUAUGGCAAAACAUCGCACCUGAAGGCGCACCUUCGGUGGCACUCGGGCGAGAGACCCUUCGUGUGUAACUGGCUCUUCUGUGGGAAAAGUUUCACCAGAUCUGAUGAGUUACAGAGACAUCUGAGAACUCACACCGGGGAAAAGCGUUUUGUGUGUCCGGACUGUUGCAAGAGGUUUAUGAGGAGCGAUCAUUUGGCCAAACAUGUAAAGACACACCAGAAUAAGAAAAGCAAAAGUCAUGAAAAGACUUCUGAUUCUGUGAAAAGAGAGGACAUGAGAGCUGUGUAGUUUACUCAGAUGAACAUAGAUUAGUGCAAUAUACAUACCUUGAUCAAGUUCAGGAUAAUAAUGAAGUGAAACUAAGCUGGAAAGUUUUUUUUCUAUUUUUCAAGAAGUUAAUUCUUUUAAUAAUAAUAAUAAUAAUAAUAAUAAUAAUAAAAGGUUAAAAAUACCAGCAGCCUUUUUUGGACUUGUAAAUAUAAUUUUCCAGUCAUUCUUAGUUCCUAAAGAACCCUGGAAAAUGUUUCAUAUCCCUGAGCGACCCCCAAAAAUAUGAACAAGUUUUAACUUGUGUUAAGAUCUUUGUCUUCGGUGGAAGAUUUCUUUAUCCUGUAUAUAUAUUGAUAGCUUUUGUUGUAUGAAAGUGUCAGUUUUUCGCUCCUUGUGGGGUGUUUUAGCAUGCUAUUGAAAACCAUCUGUUAAACAAAAUUAAUAAUGUGUGAAAAUAAAGAAUAUGUCUUGUACAUCCCAUUUAAACAUGAAGCGUUGAGGUGACAUUAUAAAAAAAUGAAUCGUUUUUUUUUAAUUUAUUUUAUUAAAGGAAAAUCGCAAGUUCAAUGCAAGUUAGAUGUCAAAGUUUGAAUUUGAGUAUGUUUUAUAGUGUGUGAGUGUGUAUGAAACACUUACAGGAAUAUUCCGGGAUCAAUACAAGUUAAACAUAAUCA